CAACCUACGCUAUUUCCCAUCAUCAGCAAUGUCUGACUUGGCUCUAUUCAAAGGAGAUAUCAUCACACCCGACGAUGAGGACUACGAACAUGCAAUCACGCGUUGGGCAGUCAACGCCAUCCGCCGCGCGCGCAUCGUCGCGUACGUCCGCGACGCCGAGGAUGUCUCGACGGCCCUCCGAUACGCGCAGGCGAACGGCCUCAAGAUAGCCAUCCACGGCGGCGGUCACAGCCCCAACGGCGCGUCGUCCGCCGAAGGCGGACUUGUCAUCGACCUCGGUCGCUACUUGAACGACGUCAGGGUCGAUCCAGAGGCUCGUAUCGCCUACGUCGGCGGAGGCGCGAAGUGGGCCGACGUGGACAGGGCCACCAUGGCGCACGGCCUUGCCAUGACAGGCGGAACAGUCAGCCACGUAAGUCAACUUACUCUCGGAGGUGGCUAUGGCUGGCUCGCCCCAAUGCAUGGUCUCACUAUCGACCAUCUGAUCUCUGCGAACAUCGUGUCGGCGGAUGGUGUCACUCGCACUGCCAGCAAAACUGAAAAUCCUGACCUGUUCUGGGGCAUUCGCGGAGGCGGCUGCAACUUCGGCAUCGUCACCGAGUUUGUCUUUCGACUUCAUCCUCAGCGCCGCACAGUAUUCGGCGGUGCCGUGAUGUUCUCCCCGGACAAAUUAGAGGCCAUUGCCCAGCUUAUCGAGAAAUGGUACCCUACCGCCGGAGAGAAGGAGGGUGUGCAUGUUAUGUUGGGGCGUGGAUCUGGUGGUGAUCCGAACAUCAUGCUCCUCAUGUUUUAUAAUGGGUCGGAAGCUGAAGGACGGGAGAAUUUCAAGGCAUUCACGGAUCUAGGGCCCGUUAUGGACAUCCGUCGGGAGAUGCCCUAUGAAGCAUUUAAUUCGCUCAUGGAUCAAUGGGUGGCUCCUGGCAAAUGCCAUUGGUUCCGAAGCGUUCUCGUCGACCACGCCACGAAGGUUCUGACUCGCGAGACCUUUGACGUAGUCAUGGAGCUUUCCAAUCCAGAGAAACCACUCAACCAUGCAUCCCUCACCUUCGAGUACAUGCCUCAGGCCAAGAUCAACGGUGUCCCAAGCGACGAGACCGCCUACUCCCGUAAUCGACCUGGUCUUGGCAAUGGCCUCGCGCAUGUCAUAUGGGAUGAGGAUAAACCAGAGCUCUUGGAAGAGGCGAAGCAGAUUGUCCAGCAGAUGACUGUGUUGCUCAAGACGAGCGGACCGCAAUAUGGCAACUACACCCCUCUGCCGACUGCAGAAGCCAGAUCCAUCAGAGCUCAAGCGCUAUAUGGGGAUAAUUACCCUAGAUUACAGCAAAUCAAGCGUAUAUUCGAUCCUAACAUGAUUUUCGACAAGUGGUUUCCGAUCCAACCUUCCCUUGAGUAAGUUGUCGUGCUUCGGCUGCGUAGGUGCACAUUGAGAUAGUAUAGCACCCUAUGCCGUGCGAUGCACGCACAAUAUGUAUAUCGGAAAGAGAAAUCUACUCAAUACGUGUGUUUAAUAUAUAUAUAUAUAUUUGCUGUGCAC